UUCCAAACAAGUCUACUUCUAAGAAUAUUUGGGAUUCCAUGAAGAAGAAGUACCAGGGGAAUGAAAGAGCAAGGCGGCAACAGCGCCAGGCUUUGCGGGCAAAAUUCGAAGUUCUGCAGAUGCAGAUUGGUGAAUCUGUAGAUGAUUAUUUUGCAAGGACGAUGGCUAUUGCAAACAAGAUGAGGAUCCAUGGUGAAAAUCUAGAGGAUGUUGCCAUAACCACAGUUAAUUCAAGGGCUGUAAGUCGAGGAAAAGAAAUCUGGAAAGGCAAACCAAGAUCUGGCAAACCAAAAUCUGAUAGAUUGGAGGAAAGUUCAGCCAUUGGAAUUCAGAAGAGGUGGCAGAAUAGAAAUUAUCAAGUUGCAGAUAACAGAUCCAAAUCUGCAGGAAAGGCAAAUAUUGAAUGCUUCAGAUGUCAUAAGUAUGGCCAUUAUCGUUCUGAGUGCCGUGCUAAUCUGAAUAGAGGAGAAAGUUCCAAUUUUGCAGAACACAAUGAGAAGAAUGACGAUUACUCUCUAUUCAUGGUCUGUCAUCCUAAAGAAGUCAACAAGAAGAAUGUGUGGUAUCUGGAUACUGGUUGCAGCAAUCACAUUUGUGGAGACAAAUCUGCGUUUUCAGAUUUGGAUGAGUCUUGUCAAGACAAGGUGAAAUUUGGUGAUAAUUCCACUAUUGCAGUCAAGGGAAAGGGAAAGGCCUUGCAGCAGAAGAAGAUGGUAAAUGGUCUUCCUCAUUUUGAUUCUCCUUCAGAAAUUUGUGAAAUCUGCGUGGUCAGUAAGCAGCACUGUGACAGCUUUCCUAAAGACAGAUCUUGGAGAGCAAAGCAGGUGCUAGAUCUGGUUCAUUCUGAUCUGUGUGGACCCAUAAAUCCAACAUCCAAUGGAGGUAAACAAUACUUUAUUACCUUUAUUGAUGAUUACAGUCGCAAGACAUGGGUGUAUUUUUUGCAGACCAAGUCAGAAGCCUUAGUAGCCUUUAAAAAUUUCAAAGUCUUGGCUGAGAAUGAGGUUGGCAUAUCUGUAAAGGUUCUACGCACAGAUCGUGGUGGUGAGUUUAAUUCAAAGGAAUUUGCAGAUUUUUGUGAAUAUAAUGGCAUUAAAAGGCAACUCACAGUAGCCUAUACACCUCAACAAAAUGGUGUAUGUGAGAGGAAGAAUCACACAAUCAUGAAUAUGAUGCGAAGUUUGAUGUCAAAGAGCGACUUGCCUAAGGAGUUUUGUUCAGAAGCUGUUAAAUGGAGUGUUCAUAUCUUGAACAGAAGUCCCACAUGUCCACUUCCAGAUUUGACGCCAGAAGAGGCUUGGAGUGGACGUAGACCUGUUGUUGAUUACUUCAUAAUUUUUUGGUGCAUAGCAUAUGCACAUGUGCCAGAUCAGAAAAGGAGUAAGCUUGAUGACAAAGGGGAAAAGUGUAUUUUCCUCGGUAUAGAAAAAUCUGGGCAACAGAUUCCUGCAAAUUUCGAAAAUGGAGAAGAUCUGACUUUGCAGAACUUAGAAGGUCAAACUUCAGCAGAUUUUGAGGUUUCAAGACAGAUAGCUAAAGAAAUUCUGCCUACAGAAAUCUACCUCAAGAUGAUGUUCCAGUUAAUCAUUUUGCUUUAUGUAGAUUAUGAUCCAUUGACAUAUGAAGAAGCUGUUAAAGAAGAAAAGUGGCAAAAAGCCAUGGUAGAAGAAAUUGGUUCCAUUGAAAGGAACCAGACUUGGGAGUUGACAGAUCUUCCAGAAGGGCACAAAACAAUUGGUGUCAAGUGGAUCUACAAGACAAAGCUCAAAGAGAAUGAGGCGGUUGACAAAUUCAAAGCUCGCUUGGUGGCAAAGGGUUACAAGCAAGAGUUUGGCAUUGAUUAUCAAGAAGUUUUUGCUCCGGUUGCAAGGAUGGAUACCAUCAGAUUGGUGAUUGCAUUGACAGCACAAAACUCAUGGCCGAUCUACCAGCUUGAUGUGAAAUCUGCCUUCUUGCAUGGAAAUCUACAAGAACAGGUAUUUAUUGAUCAACCUCUUGGUUAUGUGAAAUCUGGUUCUGAGCAUAAGGAAGUUCUGGACAGAUUUCAAAUGAAGAACUGCAAUUCUGUCACUACACCAAUUGACAAAGGUGUAAAGCUCGUGAAAGAUCCAGGAGGCAAAUCUGUGGACAGCAAACUGUAUAAGCAAAUUGUUGGAAGUCUGAUGUAUUUGACAACAACAAGACCAUAUACAAUGCAUGGCGUAAGUUUGAUUAGCAGAUAUAUGAAGCAUCCAAAGGAGUUGCACUUGCAAACUGCUAAAAGAAUUCUCAGGUAUUUAUGUGGAACUGCAGAUUUUGGGCUAUUUUACAAGAAGGGUGACCAGACAGAUCUCGCAGGCUUUACAGACAGUGAUUAUGCUGGAGAUUUGGAUGACAGAAAAAGCACUUCUGGGUUUGUUUUUAUGCUGGGAUCUGGUGCAAUUUCAUGGUCUUCAAAGAAGCAGCCCACUGUGACUUUGUCCACAACAGAAGCGGAGUAUGUGGCAGCAACUUCUUGUGCUUCUCAAGCUAUUUGGUUGAGAAGAAUUAUGGAAGAACUUGAGCUGAAUCAACACGAGGCCACUUCAAGUUAUUGUGAUAAUAGUUCAGCCAUCAAACUUUCUAAAAAUCCAGUUUUGCAUGGGAGAAGCAAGCAUAUACAUGUGAGGUAUCAUUUCUUGCGCAACUUGGUAGAAGAUGGAACAAUUGAGUUGAUUUAUUGCAGAACAGAAGAUCAAGUGGCUGAUAUAUUCACAAAAGCCCUCAAAGUAGCAGCUUUUUCAAAACUGAGAGAGUUACUUGGUGUUUGCAACAUGCAGAAUUCAGUUUGAGGGAGGGUCUGCAGAUUCCAAAUCUGUAGAUAUGGUGUUAUCCAGAUUUCUUUAAACUAAAGUCUGAAAACUUUCAGUUUAAGGGAGGGAUUGUUGGAAAUUAGAUCUUAUUAUUUAGCCAUUAUCUCUAUAUUUUAGGAAGUUUAAGUUAUUUAUUUGUUUUAGGUUGUUAUCAUUUAAAUUAAAUUAGAUAAAAUUUA